CUCCUACCUCUUGCCCUCCUUGCCGUUGCCGCUUCUCUCUUCUAAAGUACGAACGAACCCAACAGAUUCUCAUAUUCAUAUCUUCGCGAUUCCUCUUACCAGAUUCGAAGCUAACUAGUAAUCUAUUUCUAUUUCUCAUUUCAGCUUUUAAGUAAUGGCAGUCGCUUUCUACGAUCUCACCUCAGCCGCUGGCCUCAAGAAGGUCGAUGACUAUCUCCUUUCCCGCAGUUACAUCUCAGGAUACCAAGCCUCAAAGGACGAUCUCACUGUUUUCGCAGCAUUUUCAAGGGCACCAGCAGCUGAAUACGUGAAUGUGUCUCGGUGGUAUACUCAUAUUGAUGCGCUCUUGAGGAUCUCUGGUGUCGAAGCUGAAGGGUGUGGAGUUGUUGUUGAGGGAUCUGCUCCCAUCACGAAGGAGGCAAUUGCCACUCCUCCAUCUGCUGACACAAAGGCUGCUGCUGAUGAGGAUGAUGAUGAUGUGGAUCUGUUUGGUGAAGAGACCGAGGAGGAAAAGAAGGCUGCUGAAGAACGUGCAGCUGCUAUUAAGGCCUCUUCAAAGAAGAAAGAGUCCGGCAAGUCAUCUGUUUUGUUGGAUGUAAAGCCUUGGGAUGAUGAGACUGACAUGAAGAAGCUCGAGGAAGCAGUCAGAAGUGUUGAGAUGGAAGGUCUUUUUUGGGGAGCAUCCAAGCUUGUACCUGUGGGAUAUGGCAUUAAGAAAAUGACAAUCAUGCUAACAAUUGUUGAUGACUUGGUCUCCGUGGACACUCUUAUUGAGGAACGUCUGACGGCCGAACCCAUCAACGAGUAUGUCCAGAGCUGUGACAUCGUGGCCUUCAACAAAAUCUAAUCCGAGGAUCACAGGAGAGGUUUCUAGCAGUGGGAAAGUUAUUUAUCUACCAUUGCUUUGCAAUGAUAAUAUAUUUUCUUUUCCUUCUGUUGCUCAGAACUUGAAUUUAUUGUAGUCUUGUUAAUUAUUUGUGGUCCUAGUAAAUGGGUGUCAAACUCUAAUGGCAACAAUUUUCUCUAUAGCCUUGUUGGCAAUGAAAUUCUAUUCCAGUUUGGUUUGCUGUCAA